AUGGGCUCGAUAGAGAUCGGCUGGAGACGACUCAGCGUGGGCGUCAUCGGAGGUGGCAUUGGCGGAUUAUCAACCGCCAUCGCGCUGCGCCGAGCAGGCCACCAAGUCACCAUCUACGAGCGGAAUGACUUCGCCGGAGAAGCAGGAGCAUCAGUCUCAUGCGCAGCAAAUGGUACCCGGUGGCUACACGAGUGGGGAGUCGAUGUCCAGAAAGGUGACCCUGUUGUUUUGAAGAAACUCAUCAAUCGGGACUGGAAGACUGGCGAGCCGGUCAGCGUCUACGAUCUAGACGAUUAUGAGGAGAGGUGGGGAUACGUCUACAACAUGUUUCAUCGCCAGUAUAUGCACAAGAUGCUCAUGGACACUGCAUUGCAAGAAGAGGGGGAUGGUACCCCGGUGCAAUUAUUGGUGAACCAUCCGUGCGAGAGUAUAGACGUCGAGUCCAGCGAAAUCACAUUCUCCAACGGCGUCAAGGCACAACACGACCUUAUUGUUGGAGCAGACGGUAUUGGAUCUGUCACACGAAAGCUCAUCGGUGUCGUCACAGAAAAGCGACCAGCAGAACAAAGCUGUCUGCACGCAAACGUCAUGACAAAAGACGUCCGUAAGCUCGGUCUCACAGACUACUCCCUCAACAGCGCACUAGAGUACUGGGGCGGCCAAGAAGGCAAGUGGGACAAGAUCGUCUUGUCCCCUUGCAACGGCGGCGAGCUCCUCUCCUACUACUGCUUCUUCCCCCGCGCCGCUGGAGACUACACAAAUCACACCUGGGGCGGUGCCGAUCUUCCCGUCGAAGAACUCCUUGCGCCGUACCCUGAGCUCGACGCGCAGGUCAAAGCUCACCUCGCUAUUGGUAUCGAGGUACGGCCUUGGCGACUCUGGGUGCACCAGCCCUAUCCCUACGUUGUCAAGAACGAUAUCGCGCUUAUUGGCGACGCCGCACAUCCGAUGAUGCCGCAUCAGAGCCAAGGUGCCUGUAUGGCAAUUGAAGAUGCAGCUGCCUUGGGUAUCCUCUUCAACAAAGACUACUUCAAUGGAGAUGUGAGAGAAUCACUCGCUGUUUAUCAGCAGAUUCGACUGCCUCGCGCGACCAAAGUUCAGGCUUCGGCUGCCAAGGCAGCGUACAAUAUCAAUGAACGGAUUGGCUUUUCUAGCAACACGUCAAUGUCCAACUACAAGGUCGAGGACGAGGCGAAGAAGCUGACUAUCGAGGAGAUGAAUGGUUACGACAUGUACAAGGAUAUUGACCAGGCUUUUGCGGAAAGGAAGGGAAGGACGUAUACGGACAAGUACAUCAGGGGUCUUCCUUUUGGGCUGAAGCUGUCGAAUGGAAUUACAGUUGAUGGUAAUACAACAUUAGCAGCACCGUAG